ACUUGAGUCGUUUUCUCUAAACAACCUGAUUCGAUGAUUUAUCCAGAGGCAAAGAACAAACAAUACUAUACUUAUUGCCAUUGCCAUCCACCUCGGCUGACAAGACACUUUUCUCCCCCAUUGCUGUUCCGCCGUACGAGUCCAGAGCAUUGUGUUUGGUGUGUUGGAGAAGUGAUCUGACACCUUUGAAAUUAUAGCUUCUCAAGGAGGCGUGCUCCGACUAGCUCGAACAUUACGCGUGCUAUAAGAAGGCUUUCCUGAUCUAUUGUCUAUCAAGCAUGGGCAGCCUGCAGCUCCAGCCUUGGAUCGACCAGUCCUCUUGUUCCAAGCUACCUUACUCUGAUGCCGAUGCUUGUAGCCAAGUAUCUAAUAUGGACAACGGCACGAUGCUCCAUCUGUCAGGAAAUGAUGCGGAACGGCUCAGUCCUAAGAAGAUGGCCAUUCCCAGGCUCGCAGAAGGAGCAGAAGCUGCUUUCUCGGCCCCUGGAAGAUUCCAUCGUCGGCACGUCCGUCGAGCAUGUGAGUCCUGCAGGCAACGCAAAACCAAAUGCACUGGAGAUAAGUCUGGAUGCCGGAAUUGCCGGGAAGCCGGAAUUAUCUGCUGUUAUACAGAUGGAAAGAGGGAAAAGUCUAAGAGGCAAUUGGCGAGCUUAUCAGCUAAGGUGCAAGCCUAUGAAGAUGUCGUUAGGAAGUUGAGCAAUCGCUUUGGCAUGUCCGACGAGCAAUUGAUGAACAUAGCCCUAACCGUGGAAGGACACCAAGACCUCACCUUACAGCCCGAAGAAUGCAUAUCUGGGUCUGGGGAUCAGGCAGUUUCGUGGAAUGCCGUUGCCGAAUCCAAUCUCUCACGAUCGUCUUCAACCGGUUCAUUUGAUGUUGUUGACCACACAGAAGAGGACUUCAACAGAGACGAUCUUGCUCGCGCAACAGGAUACAUUGGGAAAAGCUCCGAGAUUGCCUGGCUGCAACAGUUGUGCAAAGAACUCAAUGGAGAAUUCGACGGCUGGCCAGCCGAUGCCUCUAUACUCGGGCUACCAUCCCCGUCUCUUACCCCCAAAGCUGAGAUUCAGAAUGAAGCAAUGGUACUCGCGUCGUCGAAUUACUAUCUGGAUGAUUUGGACAUACCCAGAAGCGCCGCACUCGAUACGAAUGAGCUCCCAUCGCGCGAAACUGCGAGCAAGCUUUUCAACGCCUUUAUUACCUCGGUCCAUCCCUCGUUUCCUAUCAUUGGAAUAUCUACGUUUGUUUCUCAGUUCCAGGUUUUCUUCAAUCAGCCGUCCCUUAAGCCAGGCAGCAAGUGGCUGGCAAUCCUAAACUUAAUAUUCGCCAUCGGUGCUAAAUUUGGCGAAUUUAUAAACGCAGACUGGAAAGAAGGCGACGACGAUCAUGUCAUAUACUUCUCACGGGCCAGAGCUCUAAGCAUGGAUGAUCAAGUGUUUCAUCAUCCUGAUCUGCAGCAGUUGCAAGUGGAGGGAUUAACUUCGUUCUAUUUGUUAGCAUGUGGGCAUUUGAACAGAUCUUGGAAGUUAUGUGGAAGCGCAGUUCGUGGAGCGUUGGCGCUCGGUCUACAUUUACGAAAUGUCGGAGACUGUACGUCUGAUACUUCGAAGGAGAUCAGAUAUCGAGUCUGGUGGUCUUUAUAUACCAUUGAACAUCUGCUCAGCCUCAUGACUGGGCGUCCAUCAUGUAUUAUCAACAGUGCAUGCACGACACCUCUUCCAGUUCCAUUUGACGAGACCGAUUUCCAAAAGGAGGAAGUGUCCCGUCUGAUCAGCAGUUCAUCUAGGGGGAAUUCACUCGAGUCUUUUUCUCUGCGCUCGAACGCGGCGCUAAACGGGACUCUAGAAUCUGACUGCGAGCCACCAUCCGCCUCCAAAGACGCAGAGAUUAGCAAGGCUGAAUACCUCAAGACGCUGGCCCCUUGCAUGUCCCUUUACUUUGUGGAACUGGCUGCGUUAACCUCGAUUGCCAAGCGAAUGACCAGCAAACUCUAUAGCCCGGAGGCUCUCCAGUCGCCAUGGGCCGGCGUCGAAUUUACAAUCCAAAGCCUGAUGUUGGAUAUCGAUUCCUGGCUGUUAAACCUCCCUGGACCGUAUGAUUUCACUUCUACACAGAGCUCGCAAUGUCCUGCAGGCCAAAGAAUGGGCCUUGCGUUUCUGUUCUACAGCACGAAGAUAGGCAUCACUCGACCUUGUCUCUGCCGUCUAGAGUCUGUGCAGCAACAAGGGGACCAAAUCUACGAGUUCUGCAACAAGACCGCAGCAGAAUGUGUCGAGUCAGCGUGCCAUAUGCUGACCCUCUUUCCGGAUACGACGGAUGCGAGUCUGCUAUAUAAAAUAGCUCCAUGGUGGUGCAUCCUACACUAUCUGAUGCAGGCCACGACGGUGCUUCUACUUGAAAUCUCGUUCAAAUCGCAGCAUGUCCCUGAAAAGUCAUCGAUGGUCUCCAAAGCAAUCAAAAAGGCUAUUGAAUGGCUGUAUACUCUCUCCAAGUCGAACAUUGCUGCCGAGAGAGCGUGGAAGCGUUCAGACGGCGUCUUGCGUCGGCUAGCACCAGGCGUCGAAAUCGACAUCAGUGACCUGCCAUAUUCCAAUGACUUGGCUACCGCUGCUGCUACUGCUCCUACUGCUGUCAUUUUACCGGUGACCACCUCUGCAGAGGUCAGUUUCGACUCUGUCGCUCCUGCGGCCGAUAGCAUUGCUGCUGAAUUGGAUUCAAUCAUUUGUUCACCAAUGGACCCGUCGGACGCAGCCCUAGACGUUCAAUUACCAUAUGACCUUGACCGGUCAGAGACCCUUGACUUUUUGAAGCCCGAUAAAUCUGCUCUGGCCAAUGCAUACGAUGACCUUUUCCCUUACGAUCCUGCAACGGGUCAAAUCACUGGAUCGUUCUUCCCUCCAACCGCCAACGUCGACCUGGAUCUGGGAUGCUUCUGGGGCGAUCCAAUCUGCUGAGCUGGUAUGCUCGCAUAAUAAUUUCAAGGAAAAUUAAAAAAGAAAGAAAGAAAGAAAGAAUACUUAGACUACUGCUCAAGUUGAUAGACAUUGGCCGUUUUUGCACUGUCCCUCUUCCCCCCCCCCCUUUUUUUUUGGAUUC